GUUCAAAAAGUAAUAUGUUUAGACCUUUUAUGUACCUUUCUAAGUAUACCAGUCGUUAGGCUAGCUUCGAUGGUCGUCAAAUAGCUAGAGCUAAUAUCGACGAUGUGAAAUUGCUUGUCAAGUAGAAUUGUUCGUUUGUUGUUAUAUGUUCACAAUCCGGCGCGUGACAGACGGUUAGGGGGGUUUCGACCCACCACUUGCCCAGCAGCAGCGAUUCAAUUCACCGUAGACUACAGAAUGAGUCAGGGUAAAGACAAUGCACGGCUCAAGAGCUACAAGAACAAGUCGCUCAACACAGACGAGAUGAGGAGGAGGAGAGAGGAGGAGGGAUUACAACUCCGUAAACAGAAAAAAGAUGAACAGCUGUUCAAGAGGAGGAAUGUUGCAACAGCGGAGGAGGAUGGAACCGUGGAGGAGGACAGCAUGGGCGACAGCGGCUACCUAGAGUCCCAGGCUAAUAACAUAGACCCGCUCACUGGAGGGGUGAUUUCAGAGGACAUGACCCAGAUGAUCUUCUCGAGUUCUCCUGAGCAACAGCUAAUGGCAACACAGCGUUUCAGGAAGCUGUUGUCUAAAGAGCCCAACCCACCCAUUGAUGAGGUCAUCGCCACCACUGGAGUUGUGGAGCGCUUUGUGGAGUUCCUUAAGAGGAGGGAAAACUGUACUUUGCAGUUUGAGGCGGCGUGGGUCCUGACCAACAUCGCCUCAGGGACAUCCCACCAGACCCGCGUGGUCAUCCAGGCUGGAGCCGUGCCCGUCUUCAUAGAGAUGCUCAGCUCCGACUUCGAGGACGUCCAGGAACAGGCGGUGUGGGCCCUGGGGAACAUAGCAGGAGACAGCACAGAGUGCAGAGACUAUGUGGUGGACUGCAACAUCCUGCCCUCUCUAGUACAGUUGUUGGCCAAGCAGAAUCGUCUCACAAUGAUGAGGAACGCAGUGUGGGCGCUCUCCAACCUCUGCCGAGGGAAGAACCCUCCCCCAGACUUCGCCAAGGUGUCUCCAUGUCUCAGUGUGCUGUCGUGGCUGCUGUUUGUCAACGACACGGACAUCCUUGCGGAUGCGUGCUGGGCUCUCUCCUACCUAUCAGAUGGCCCCAACGACAAGAUCCAGGCCAUCAUAGACUCUGGGGUCUGCCGCCGCCUGGUGGAGCUGCUGCUACACUCUGACUACAAGGUGGUGUCACCAGCUCUGCGGGCCGUGGGAAACAUUGUCACAGGAGACGACCUCCAGACACAGGUGAUCCUGAACUGCUCCGCCCUCCAGUCUCUGCUUCACCUCCUCAGCAGUCCUAAGGAGUCCAUCAAGAAGGAGGCCUGUUGGACCAUCUCCAACAUCACCGCAGGGAACCGUGCUCAGAUACAGAUGGUGAUGGAUGCAGGGCUGCUGCCCCCCAUGAUCAAUAUUCUUCAGGUGGCAGAGUUCCGCACCCGGAAGGAGGCAGCCUGGGCCAUCACCAACGCCACCUCAGGAGGCUCUGCGGAGCAGAUCAGGCACCUUGUGGAGCUGGGCUGUAUCAAGCCUCUGUGCGACCUCCUGACGCUGAUGGACUCUAAGAUCGUCCAGGUGGCCCUGAACGGGCUGGAGAACAUCCUGCGGCUGGGAGAACUGGAGGCUAAGAGGGGCGGGGGCAUCAACCCAUACUGUGCUCUCUUAGAGGAGGCCUACGGUCUGGACAAGCUGGAGUUUCUACAGGGCCACGAGAACCAGGAGAUCUACCAGAAGGCAUUCGACCUAAUCGAGCGCUACUUCAGCCCCGAGGAUGAAGACCCGUCCCUGGCCCCGGCCGUCGACCUGCAGCAGCAACAGUUCCUCUUCCAGCAGUGCGAGGCCCCCAUGGAGGGCUUCCAGCUAUAAUCCUCACCACCCCUCUCCCUCAAACCCCUCACCCUGGCACACACCCCUGCCCCUCUCUCUGCCCACUCCCUCAGAUCCCCCACUGCGAAGAUGGUAGCCCCAGCCCCUCCCCCACACCCCAGCCCCUCCCCCCUUACCUCCCCCACACCCCAGCCCCUCCCCCCUUACCUCCCCCACACCCCAGCCCCCCCAAGAGAGAUUGAUUUAAUCAUUAUCAUGAUUACUAGAAGUGUCAUAUUUCCAGAGCACGUGUGUGUGUGCGUGCGUGCAAUGCAGGCAGAGUCCUUGCAGUCCUGUCAGCCAGUUGGUGAAGGUUUUCGCUGUCGUACUCUUAAGUCUUCUCCGAGCUCACACCUACACGCUUAAUUGUUCAGCAGCACAGCAACAACAACCCUCUCUCCUCCUCCUCGUACUGCUCCCCUCAGCCCCCUCCCACCCUCCCUCAUUUAGAGGAUACCAAACUGACUGCCCCUUCACCCUAACUGGCUCGUUACCAUAAGGGAAAAAAAAGAAAGAAACCCUGUCCACGACCACAUUCCCAGACCAUGACCUGACCCAGACCCGGAGGAAAUGGGUCAAGUCAGACGCUGUUUGUCUGACUAAACUGCAUCAACGACUGAGAAAAGGCACCCGUGGACGUGCCAACCCCCCCCCCCCCCCCCCCCCCAACCAGCAUCCAAUCCAAACACUGGACUGACCGUGAGACUGUGUGACCACACAACCGUGUCUCGACCGUGGUCAAAGGACUGACCCGCCCACAGUGGCGUGAUGUGGCCAGACCAAACCUAGGGACUGAAUGACUUCUACUGAAGGCACUUAAAAACGACGACAACAAAAAAAGAGGUUACUUUGUCCUCUUGUUGGCCAUUGAUUGGUCACCAUGGAUUGACUUAAUAGGAGUUUAACCAGUGGUUGUGAGGGGUGGAGCCUCUUUUUGUGACUAACCUGGCUUGUUUUACCCUUCCAGUCCCCAUAUCAUGCAUUCCUUUCUACAGUGGCGGCACUUCCUCCAUCUGUACUGCAGGCUCCAUCCCUAAGAGUUUGGGCUGGCUCCUGCCUCUGGUGUGAUACAUAUACCCCAUGGAAUCAUGGGAAUUGGAGUCUUCCCUCGCACUGAGACAAAUGGACGGACGUAGACCAGACAAAAUAAAGCUAUUUCCGUGAGCCUGUCCAACAGACCAUGGGAACUUUGAAAAAACCUAUAUCCGCAAUUCCAUUUCAUUUGCUGCACUUUAGUUCAGGAAUUUCACCUGUUCAUUCAGAAUCUUUCAGAACAGUUUUUAGCGCUCACUUUUCAUUGGUUCACAAUGGCUCUUUCCCCUCCUCAGGAAGUGAGGUGUAAAUACUUGUGAUCUGUAAACAGUUGGGACCAUAGAUAUAUAUAAAGACUAGAUGUCUUACGGCGGAGUCUAGAACGUCCGCACAUGGCGGCCAUCUUGCUACAGUCAACUCGCUCACCCAUAACAUUGUGUUCGUGCUACAUGUACUUUUUAAAUGACCAUAACUUGCUCAAUUUUCAACCGAUUUUUCAACGGUUUGGUUUGUUAUCAACGUCAGAGAUGUCGUUAUGCCACUGCAUACUUAUGAAUAAUUAUGUUUUUAGUUUUUUUUUUAUAAAAUAGAAGUAUGCAGUGGCAUAACAUAGUGAAAAUUUAGCAAGUUAUGGUCAUUUAAAAAGUACAUGUAGCACCAACACAAUUAUGGGUGAGCGAGUUGACUGUAGCAAGAUGGCUGCCAUGUGCAGACGUUCGACCCCAUUGUCCGACAACACGGAUGAGACAUCUACCCUUUAUAUAUAUCUAUGGUUGGGACUAUAACUAAUGAACUAGUUGUUUCACUUCAGCUCAACGAUGUCUCAAGGCACUUAGAAUUCCACCCUUUCAAGAAAUCUUCAAAAUCCACUAGUCUGUGGGGUAUUGGUUAUUGAGAUACUGUUCUGUCUCCAGUUUGAUCAUGCCAAAUAAGUACACCAACCUAAUCCAACCCAUGUGAUUUUACAACAGAGUUGAAAAAUAAAAUAAAAACUUGUUCUUUGAAAACAUGAUUUGCUUUAAUUUGGGGGAAAACCUGUUUACCGGAGGUGCCAAAUUAAUCUCUUAUGAAAACGAAGAGAAUAGAGAUCAUAUUUAAAUUCAAAUUGAAUACUAGCAAUUUAUUAGUCAACAAGGCUGAAAGAUUGUUUACCAUGUUCUUUAUUUUGUCAGAUUCCUCCAUUGAUUACUAGCUCUUCAUGUUCAAUACUGCAGUCGUAUUGAGUUUGUAUAACUGUCCUAUGUUAUGCCAUUUGCAUAAAUGCUGUUUCAUGAA